UUUGACGCAAAAAGAUCGGAAUGAAUUAAUUGGUAAUAAGAUCAAAAUAAAAUCAUAUUUAAUGUGAUGUAUUUUGUGUCAUACUGUAAAAUUGGAAAAAGAUAGUAGAUUUUUCCAUUGGCAUUUAACAUUUCGUACUUAAAUAUUACGUUAUUAUGACAAGUUUUGCAAAGGUUAUGUUAUAUGCUGUACUAGUAUUGAUAGUGGCACCCGGCUGCAUGUCAGGAAAGUGUCGGUCGUACAACCCGUUCAGGAUAAACGGCACACAGACACCGAAUACUACGAUAUGCCCAAAACAAUGUCAUUGUUACUAUUGUCAGCAUUCUAACAGCCAAAAAGGACCAAUCACAACACAAUGGAACGUUAAAAAUGUUAUUUGUAGACAGAAAGCAUUUAAUCGCAUCCCAGAAGAUAUACCAGUUGAUGUUCAGCAGUUAGACCUUUAUAAAAAUUCCAUCAGCAAACUGUCGUCUAGUGAAAUGAUCAACUUUAAAGAACUAAAAUUUUUAGAUUUGUCUUUUAAUGAUCUACAGGAUAGUAAUAUAGGGGACCAUUUUUUUGAUUGUCUCACUAAAUUGAUCAAGCUGAACUUGGAUAACAAUCAUGCAAUUACUCACAUACCAAUCGUUUGGUUUCAGAAAUUAGUGGCGUUGGAAAGGCUAUACAUUAGAUAUUCAGCCGUCAAAACUCUACAACGUGGAGUAUUCAAACAUUGCGGUAAUUUAACUGGAAUAUAUUUGACGGGAAACAAGUUAGUGUCUCUGCCUCCUGAUUUAUUCCGAAACCAACCUGUUCUAAUAAGUGUUGAUGUUUCACAUAACAGUAUAAAUGCUAUACAGGAUGAAGUAUUUCGUGGUUCACCAGAGAUAAAUUAUUUCUUUCUACAUGAUAAUAAAGUAACAACAAUAAGUCGAAAUAUGGGUCUACAGAAUUUGACCAAGUUAAUUAAGAUCGGAGUUGGGGAAAACCCGUUUGUCUGUGAUUGUAACCUAGUAUGGUUUCGUCACUGGAUAAACCAAACCGAUGCAACAUUGAUAGAACUCGAUAAAGCUAAGUGUAGAAACACGAAUGGUACAAGUCUAGUUAACUUUGAUGCAGAUUCGUUGAUAUGCAUUGAACAUGACUUUACAAAACCUGUCCUCAUUGCCACAUUUUGCUCAGCAGCUUGCUUAACCGUUCUUGGUACAUUACUUUAUGUUUUCCGGUGGGAUAUCAGAUACUGGAAUCAGCGGCGGCUUCUCAGAAAACAAUACGAGAGGUUACAAAACGAGGGUCCGCCACCAAUUGACGGCGUACAGGUUCGAUAUGACGCGUUUGUCUCCUACAACAGCAAAGACGUUGAUUGGGUACUUAAGUCAGCCCUACCGAUACUGGAAGGUCCCGAGUUCAAAUUUCGUCUUUGCGUUGACUUCAGGGAUUUUGUAGUUGGGGGAGCGAUUGCUGACAAUAUUUCUGAUGCUAUUAAAUAUAGUCGCAAAAUGUUGAUAGUUGUCACCAAAAACUUUGCUAAAAGUGAAUGGUGUUACUUUGAAAUGGAAAUGGCCCGAACACGUAUGUUUGACCAUCACGAGGACAUUUUAGUAGUUGUAAUAUUAGAGCAUGUGGCGAGUAGAAAUAUGCCGACAUUGCUUCAGAAGAUCUUGAGAAAGAAGACCUACAUCGAAUGGACAGAAAAUCCAGAUGGUCAGAAGGUGUUCUGGACACGCUUAGCAGCAGCUUUGAAUAUUCCGAAUGCUCACCACGAUCGUCUAUUAAAUUGAGAUGUGCUAAAAUCCAGAAAACACUGUGUAAAUAUUUUUGAAUGCUAUUAGCCAUACUUAAGCUUCUGUUAAGUCUUUUUCAAAAAAAUAUUUUGCCUCAUUUUCACUUUCGCCUAGUUGCGUAUCUAGUGGUGAUCGGCAGGGGCGGAU